CCAUGUGACUGGAAAGAGCAGGUCGUGGGGAUUAAAGAUGAACGUAUAAAAGCGCGGCGGAGGACGACGCAUGUUCACAAACUCGAGGAGAACACAGAAGCUGCUGUGACGCAGAGAUCGGCGGUGGCCCCUCGGGAUAUCUGUGACAACAGUGACCCUCAGCAGAAAUGAACGCCAGUCCCCCUGCAGGAAGCGCCCUGGCCCCCAGCAGCGGAGCGGGCCCCACGACACCCAAGAAGGGACCACCCAAGUUCAAGCAGAGGCAGGCUCGCACGUUCAAGAGCAAGGCCCCCAAGCCAGGCCAGAAGGGCUUCGGUGACGACAUCCCCGGCAUGGAGGGUCUGGGCACAGACAUCACAGUGGUGUGCCCAUGGGAGGCCUUCGGCGACAUGGAGCUCAGCGACUUGGCCAAAUAUGGAAUCAUCUAAACCUGCUGCCUCCUGCCCCCCUCGCUCGUCUGCACCCCCCCUCCGUCUCGCCCCAGUCGCCCUUUCCCCCUCGGCCGGACACGUCGUGAUAAGACUGCCGGUGUGCCCCCUAACGCCCUCUCGUCUAUCUACCUCAUGCUUUACUCCACUGAGUGGAUGGGAAGUAUUAUAAUGCUCUUAUUUUUAUAUAAUUAUAAUUGUUAUGAUCAUUAUUAUCAUAUGAUACUGUACACAGUAUAUAUUAUAUAUAUACUUGAAAUGAGAAGACGAGAAAAACAAACCCCACGUACCUUAAUCCCUCCCCCUUCGUCCAUUUACACUUGUUUUCUCCUGACCUUUGGUCCACCCCCCCCCCCCCCCCCACCCCGACCCCCGACCCCCGACCCAUGGCAGUGGACGCAAGCAAAAUACCCGAGUCCAAACUAGCUGGCAUUUGCUUCUAGCUGUCUAUCAAAAUGUAAAUAUUUCUGCUCCGAGUGUCGAACCUUUUUACCUUGUCGUCCAUCUCACCGUUUGUACGGCCCUUCCUCUUUUUUUGUUUUGCGUUGUAUUUUCUACUCCCUGUGCACGAGCUCGCUGCAAACACCAAGGGACGCGAGGAGUCGCUGCGACAUGCUGCCAUGGUGCUAAAAAAAACACCAUGUGCUUCCACAUGGUCACGGAGGAGGAACUCCCCUUCAUCCCACUCUCCAUCUCCCCCUCCCCUUGCUGCAGUAACACAGGAAAUGUAGUGUGAAUUGCUAUUGAUUGGUCCUGAUAGCUGCUGUAAAGUGUGUCCAUUUUUUUAGUAAUCAUGCUGUCCCUGUUUUUUUUCUUUUCUUUUUCUGAAACUCCGAAUAAAUUUGAUAAAACAUG